UACACCUUGUAACUCGGGACAAAGGAAAGAUAUUGCUAAGUGACAAGGAAACCCUUCAUUUUUUUCCCAUGAUGGCAGGAUGGUCUGAUAAAUCUGUAAAUACAGCUAUAAUAUAACCAGCUUUGCCAAGCCUGUUCUCCUUUGCUGGUUCUAUAUGUCUGGCACUGGUCGAUUUUGUGUUUUUUUCGGCUCCCAGCAUUACUGUUGGAGCAAUACUAUAAUAAUGAUUUUACACAGGAUUUUACAUUUGUAUUACAUUUGAUACGUUUGUUCCGAGAAUUUUUGUAAUAUGUAACAAUAUAUCUGUCUUCAAUGCGUUUAGUAUUUUAAUUAUUGCUGCAGGAAGUUCGGUCAGUUUUGUGUCACCCUUGUAGUUAGUACAAAGGCCGUUAUUUUUCUCCUACUGCCUGCUAACAUGAUCUGUUCAAGGUCUUUUAAUAAUUGCACAGAGUUGUACCCUGAAAGGUUGGUAUGUGAAUCGACUGGCACCGCCGUGGGUGGGACGCCGUGCCGCGGAUCAACUGCGGUCUGACAUCAAGCCCCACACGGAAGUGCCCACGGAGUCUGCCUCUUAUCGCCUGUUUCCGCUCGCCUGAUACCUUCGCUUUGAAUCUAUCACAAGGACAAGACCGUAUGCCCUCACCGCAUUUAAUCGCACAUUUGUUCCCUGGAAUACUUCAAUUUAUCCGUUACCGAGAAGCUUCAGACAGAGACGAUUGACUGGAAAGAUGGAAUGCGGCCCCAGUCUAAAGCAUCCCAACCGGAUCGGCGAGUUCAUUACGCCACGCUGGAGCGGCGUAAGUUGGGGUAUAUAAAGUCGCACGCAUGUCGCGAUCCUGCCUUUUCUUUUUGGACUGAAGAAAACGACGAUAACAGCCAGGUGAGGCUACAUAUGAAUCGGUGUGGAUUUGAGUGGCACCUGCGCUGUCCAUGACCUGCCACCACCCCAGACUAGCGACGAGUGGCCCUCGCGGAAACGCCUUGCAUUAGUUUCUCCCAAAAUGAAGAUGAGGCACGCCAAGGUCUUUGUCGCUAUUGCCCUGAGCAGCAGCGCUUUCCUUGUGGUGCUCUAUUCUUCUCUGAGGUCGGACGUGAACCUCUCCCGAAAGCUCUUCAUGCAGGAAGUCAAUCCCGCUCCGGCUCUUCAGGAAGUCAUCGUCAGCAUGACCACGCCCCCCGUCCUGCAAAAUACCGAUCUCUUGCCGCCUCUGAUCUCAGGCCCUCCGGUCGAAAUUUCUGACAACUACCGGAAGGCCAUUCACCAGAGCACUGCGUUCUGGAACAGGAAGCAGCAUUCUCUCUUCCGGAAGCUGGACUCAAAGGACAACGUCACCGAGGCCGACACUGGGGACUGGUCCAAAUGCUCGGCCAUUAGUCUGGAGUCACUGAGUACCAACAUCCAGGAUUUCAAGUCCUACCCACAAGACUACCAAGACUUCUUGAGUGGUAUGGAGUGCCGUGAUCCUCCGAUUCUAAUCGACCAGCCCCACAAGUGCCAGUCAGAGGAGGACGACGGGGAGGUCUAUCUCCUCUUCGCCAUCAAAUCAGUCCCCGGUAGCUUUGAGCGACGGCAGGCCGUGCGUCAGACGUGGGGGCAGGAGAAGGUGUACGAGGGAGGGCUCCGAGUGCGCACAGUCUUCCUCCUGGGCAUGUGGUCUGUGGACGACCCCAACCUGCGGCAGCUGUUGUCAUUUGAGGCGCGGCAUUUUGGAGAUUUGCUGCAAUGGGACUUUAAGGAUACCUUCUACAACCUGACUCUGAAGGAGAACGCUUUCUUCCGGUGGUCCCUGACACGCUGCCCGCGUGUCACUUUCGUUUUCAAAGGGGAUGACGACGUUUUCGUCAACACCCAAACCAUGCUUGACUACCUCCGUACCCUGGAUGCAAACAAAGCCUCGACGCUUUACCUGGGUCACAUAAUCACUAACACUGACCCCGUACGUGAUCAUUACAGCAAAUACUAUGUCCCCAACACCUUCUAUGAAGGUGGCUACUCCCCGUAUGCUGGUGGGGGUGGCUUUUUGUUUUCUGGGAACCUGUUGACAGCGCUCUACAGGGUGUCCAAGUACAUCCCCUUUUUCUCCAUUGAUGAUGUGUACACUGGGCUGUGCUUCCAGGCACUGGGGAUCAAGCCUGAAGCCCACGAAGGCUUCAAAACAUUUGAUAUACGCCAGGAAGACAGAGAGAAUGCCUGCGUGCACAAGAAUCUGAUCCUGGUGCACCGACGCAGCCCGCAGCAGACCCUGCGGCUAUGGAGAUACGUGCACAGCCCCCUGCUCACCUGCUGAUGCGCCCCCUUGUGGUGGAGUGUGGGGAAGAGGACAAAAAGGAUUCCAGGCAGGGCUGAGGUCUCCAAAAAUGAAGGUCACUAGGCAUCAGGCGAAGCUUUUAGAAGCCCAGUGAAAGUCAAGUGGCAUUUGAGGAGUCCAUGGAGUGUGAGCUGCAGGCUCUCUUGAGAACACAGAAGUGCAAUGAAUACAUCGUGACGAUGCAGCGGAGAACACGGCAAACACAAACCACAUGACGGACAGCCUCAGAUUUCUGAAUCCCUACAGCCUCCAGACCCUGAAAAUGAGACAAUAGGCCUCUUAGACAUCUGAAAUGGUCAGGUGUAGUUACAGGUGGUAAAUGGACACUCAGACUCAGAGCUGAUCGACCAUAGAAUUAGGCUACAUUUCAGAGGUUCAUAUAGAGAUGCACAAAGUUCAGACAAUUGGGAAGAUGCUUUUUCCUGUUGCAGAAUCCUGCUUGUGCUGACCAAUCGGCUACCAGCGUAGUGUGGAAGCAGCUGGGUAAUUUGCAGUAGCGAGGCAGGCCAUACUCAUCAAAACGUGAACACAAAGAUAGCAGCAGCGAUCCAGAAGCAGUCUAUAUACAAUGUUAUACCAUAAAAAAAAGCAAUCUCGAGCUUGUUCCAGUUAAUUCUGAUAGUUUGCUCGUGUAGUAGAGGUGUGAUUUAACUUUUACAAUAAAAAAAAAAGUAAUAAAACGUAAAGGUAAUGUAAGAUGUGUUUUGGGUAAAUGACAGUUCAAUGGCAUCGCAAACAAAACCAGCAAACUAUGAUAGGGAGGCCUGUGUUAAACGUGACUAAGGACGGCUUUGGGAGUUUCGGUAAUCGAGGUUAAGAUGUGGACAUGUAAACACAGGCUGACUGAUCUUGGAAAUAAACGUGUAGCUGUUAAAUGGAGAGUUGAUCACAAGCAAAUUGUAUUUGGCCCAACACAAAUCUACUCCCUGUCAGGUUUACAUAGGACACCAAAUGUACAAAUAGUCAUUGAAAGACAGAGCACUGUGCAUGACACUCCUGAAACCGAUUAAAUAAUGCAAAUAUU